UAUUAUUUUCAUAGAAAUAGUUAGGUAGUAUCAAACAGAAACAAAGAAAAGAAAUCAACAAUGUGCUUCGUUUUCUAAUCCAGUGACAACUCUCUCUUAUAGCUCCUUGUUUGUUUUCUCUGCAUUCCAGAGUACCAUACAAAGUCUCACAAGACCACCAGCAUUCUCUAGUCAACAUCUUCAGCUACAAUAAUAGUUUUUUUUGGAUUCUGAAUCCAGCAACUUUUGAGUUACCAUAGUUUUGGAAUAUAUACUCCCUGAAGCUGUCGGUUAAUAGUUCUGGCAGAACAUUCUUCACUCAAGGAAACAAAGGGUAGUCCCUUGCAAGUAGAAGAAUUCAGAUGUUGAAGAGACACAAGUUCAACAAGAGCAUACAUAAUAGGCUGUGAUGUUCAUUUUGAAAUUUGGAUCUACAUGAGAAAAUGGUGCCUGAAAACAUGAAAAAACAACUUGCUUUGGCUCUGAGAAGCAUCCAGUGGAGCUAUGCAAUCUUCUGGUCUGAUUCACCUAACCAACCCGGGGUCUUGAGCUGGGGUGAAGGGUAUUACAAUGGAGACAUUAAGACAAGGAAGACAAGUCAAGGAGUAGAACUGAGUUCUGAUCAAAUAGGCUUCCACAGGAGUGAGCAACUAAGAGAGCUGUUCAAGUCCCUCAAAACUGCAGAGACCAACCCACAAACAAAAAGGCCUUCAGCUUCACUAUCCCCUGAAGAUCUCACUGAUACAGAAUGGUAUUAUUUGGUUUGUAUGUCAUUUGUAUUCAACAUUGGCCAAGGGUUACCAGGAAGAGUUGUAGCCAGUGGCCAACCCAUUUGGAUGACCAAUGCUCAUUCCACUGAUUGCAAACUUUUUAGUCGCUGUCUGCUGGCAAAGAGUGCAUCCAUUCAGACAGUGGUGUGUUUUCCUUUUAUGGAAGGGGUCAUUGAGCUAGGCACAACAGAUCAUGUCUCAGAAGAUCUCCAUCUCAUUGAACGGAUCAAAACUUCUUUCUUGAACAUUCUGCAUGCUAAUGAUCCUUUAAAGUCCGGAGCCACAUCAAAAGCGAGAGAGGAGGAAAGUGUUGCUUGUGUUGCAGCAUUUGAUCACAAUGCUUACAAUGCUGAAUUAAUUCCAGAAGUUGGGUAUGGCAUAAUCAACACAACAACCUCUCCUGAUGGAAGUUCUAAUGCUUUACAAGCCAACCAACCACCAGAUGAAACAUUCAUGGUUGAUAGGAUAAACCGUGGCAGCACGUCUCAAUUCCAAAGCUGGCAAGUUGUUGAUGAUGAACUAAGCAACUGUGUCCACAACUCCGUGAAUUCUAGUGACUGCAUAUCACAAACUUUUGCCAGCCCUGAGAAGAUUGGUUCUGCUCCUAAUGUUGAAAACCUUUCUGACCUUCAAAAGUGCAAUAACCAAAAAAUGACCUUAGUGGAUCCUCUAAGUGAUGAUUGGCAUUACCAAAAAGUUCUUUCUGCCCUUUUAAAAAACUCAGACCAGUUAAACAUUGGGAUGCAUUUUCAGAACUUUUAUCAGGAGUCAAUCUUUUCCAUUUGGAAGAAAGGAGGGCCUAUGGAUUGCCAAAGGCCAAGAGUAGGAGCCUCACAAAACUUGUUGAAGAAAGUGCUGUUUGAAGUUCCUAGGAUGCACUUGGAUGGAUUGCUUGAGUCUCAAGAAGAGAAUGACUAUAAAGAGGGAACAAGACUAGAGGCUGAUGAAAAUGGCAUGAACCAUGUUUUGUCAGAAAGAAGAAGAAGAGCAAAACUAAAUGAAAGGUUUUUAACACUUAGAUCAAUGGUCCCUUCAAAUAUCAAGGAUGACAAAGUUUCUAUACUAGAUGAUGCAAUUGAAUACUUUAGAAGCCUCGAGAAAAGGAUAAGAGAGUUAGAAGCUCAAAGGGACAUAACUAAUGUAGAAACUAGAGCUAAGAGUUCACCUCAAGAUAUGGUGGAGAGAACUUCUGAUCAUUAUUCCAACAAAAUUAACAAUGGCAAGAAAUCAGUGGUGAAAAAGAGAAAAAUUUGUGACAUGGAGAAGACUAAUUCAGAUGCUCUGAAAGUUAGUUCUACUAAUGACGUUACUAUCACUAUGAAUGAUAAUGAUGUUGUAAUUGAAAUUACAUGUUCUCCUAGAGCAGGAAGACUAAUGGAAAUUAUGGAAGCACUUAACAGUCUCAAUAUAUAUUUCAAAUCAGUUCAGUCAACAGAAGCUGAUGGGCAUCUUUAUCUGACCAUUAAAUCUAAGUUAACAGGACCAACUAAUGCAACAGCAAAAAGGAUCAAACAAGCACUCCAAAAAGUGGUUUUGAAAAGUUGAAUAUUUGUAUUUCACUAGAUGAUCAUGGAGUUGUUCAAUUUGAUUCCUGCCAUUGCCAUGUGACACAGAGACUAGAGAGUUCAUUAUACUGGUGGAGUCACAUGGAGAUUCUUUCUGGAGACUUCUAAUAAAGGGAAAAAUAGUCUUUGAGCAAUAGGCAAUGGCAUAACUUUUGAUGAUGUAACUUGACUUUUGUUUAAACAAUUGUAAAUGGGUACAUAGACUUAGUUGACUAGUUUGGUAUGUAAUGCUGCUAUUUGCCCCUAUAGACUAACACAGUUUGACUAAUGACUAUAAUUGAUUGUGAGAUUGACAUUUUUAGAGCU